GUAUAUAUGGUAUCUGUCAAUAGUAGUUAGGAUAUUAAAAUUAAAUUUUGGUAAGAGAUCGAUGGGAGGAAUUGGGGCAGCUUUAUUGGGGGGUUGCCUGCUGCCUUCGACGGCAGCAAUGGGUGGUGUGCGUAGACAAGCACCACCGCCACGUAUGGUUCGGCAGCCGUUAAAAGCUGCGGCAGCAAAAGGAAAGUCGAUUCGCCGUGUCUCUCCACCGAAAGAGGAGGGGAUGUGCCCAUUCGAUAUGGUGGAUCACGUCGUGAAGGAAUUGUUCCCCCCGGUGCACUUUCUCAUCGUGGGGGUCGCUUUGGUCGACCAGGAUGCGCUGAUUUAUGGGAAGCUCGAUCCCGACGACGAUGGGAAGAUUAGCAACGUAAACAAUUGCAUGGAGGCAUUAUUGGAGAAUGAAGACCGUUGGAUUCGCACUCGCUCCUCGGAAAUCCCACCCUCAGGAUUUGGAAAAGCAUGUAAAAGGUUUUUUGACUUCGAAGAUGGUCCUUUUAAGGUAGCUACAAAGAAAAAGUCCAAAAACUUUGUCAGAUGUACUGAGCUUGUUUUGAUGUACGGCAUUGUUGGGACGGUCAUGAAGGCAAACAUCAAAACUCGUGAAGAUUUUAAAAGAUUUUUGUUGCAUCUUUAUGAGUCUGAACGGGCUCUUACGGCAAUGUGCUACCCUCUCAUGGCGGAUGCAAAAUCUCUAGAGACCAUUCCAAGUCUUCACUCAAUAAUCUAGCUAGUAUAAUCCUGUUAUUAUUAAGGCCCACCAGCAGCCAUUUCAUAGUCUCACAAAGCUACAUCUUAUCCUAUACUUUCCCCCUUCUUCAAUUCUUGCAACAUUGUGAUUUUUGCACUAUUCACAGACCUUACUUUGAUCACGAUUUUCUACUAAUAUACAUAAUUAAAUUAUUAUGUAUAAAAUGUAUGUUAUUGAAUUGCUAUCAA